AUGAAUUUAAAUAAUCAAACUUCUCUAGAUCAUUCUGAUUUACCAAUGUAUCAAACUGAAAAUAACUUCGCACCUUUACAUAUUAACAACGACCAACACACUUCCAUUAACACCGCCGUAGAAAUGUCUAAUACUAGUACUACAACUCCCACACUUCAAAACGAUACAUUUGAAUUUUACUUUCCUUUACCAAACGAUACACGUAUCUAUCACGUUACAUAUCAAUAUACUGAAUUACACCCAUUAGAAAAUGCCCGACGCUUGAAUAAUAGUAUUAAUUUAUCUCGUAUUCCUGGUCAUGAGUUUCCACUGCAUAAUAACAUACAUUCUCUAAUUCAACAACAAAUUCAACAACAAUUUCAACAAGUUCAACAACCCGUUUAUCAACAAAACAGCAUUCAACAAAAUUUUUUUGAUACUAAUAUUCAAUCUACUUCCCAAGUAUAUUCGGAUAAUAACGACGCCUAUAAUACGGCUUCAAAUUCGUGUAAUAUGCAAACUAUGGAAUAUAUUAAUGUAUUUCCUCCAGACUUAGAUGUGGAAAAAGAAGACUUUAUAGAGGAAUUUUUGCCUGAAUUUGAAUCAGAAGAAUAG